AUGGAGUUGAGCAUUGCACGCCCGAAUGCACAUGCGAACUCCAUUAUACCCCGACACAGCCGGACACUGGUUGUGUCGAGAGUUGCGCAAAUCAAUGCACCCCUGUAUGUAAUAUCGGUGGACUGUACCGGGUGCUUAGCGGGAUACUCCCCACGAGGAUAUUUAACAUGUGAGAAAGACCCUGAGAAGAUCUUUACGCCUGCUGAGUAUGUCGCACUCAAAGAAACAUCUUUUGAAGCCAAAAAUCAAACACUCAAUUUUAACGAAAAAGACUAUUUGCCAAUUUAUACGAAGUGUUCGUCGUACGUCGACAUCUCCAGCAAAUCGUUUUUGGGCGUUUGGGCAAUGUUAAAAACGAAUGAAAGCACCAAAUACAUUUCACUUGUGACCAACACCAUUUAUGACCAAACACAACUCGAGUUCUUGACAAAACAACAGACGUGGGUCGGAGAAGAUACUGCACUCAUAUUACAAGAUUCUAAUGGCAGGUGUUUGCAUUCAAACGACGAUGUUGUCGAUUUCGUGUCAACCAGUAGUCUCACUUUUAUGAUGGAAAAGGACAAAGAGUAUUAUGUACUGAUACACGGAUACUAUGGAGAGGGGUUGAAAGACACAAAACUGUUUGUGAGAGAGGAGGACCAUCCGUGCAAAUCACACUCGAAAACGAUUGAGUGGAACGAUUUGAUAAAAAGUGGUGGGAUCAAUUACACCACAAAAUUUGCAAAUUCGGUGCUGUCAAGCGACGCAUGUGUGACGGAGGACAACAAAGGAAACUGGUUUUUGAUUCACGGAGCGCAACACACAAUUUUGGUGAGUGGAUCUCCCAUGAAGUUACAAGUUGUAUCAGUGACCGCAGAUGUCACUUCGUGUGAAGACGAUUCAGCGGUUUGUGAGCUUAUCGUGUCCACAGAUAAAAAUGGAAACGCCGCUCUUUUGUCAUUAGAACAAUCAAAAGACUAUUACUUCUUCUUCUCAUAUCACCCAUCGUUCAAAACAAUCAAUUUCAACAUCAAAGUUGUAUGCAGCGGAUGUACAGAUCAUUGUAGUUUAAUAACUGGUGGGUGUAUCUGUCAGUCGGGGAAGUGUGAUACGUGCGGCAAUGGGAAGAUUGAUAUUGGAGAAGAAUGUGACAACUCGUUUAAAAAUUCGGUGGGGUGUAAUCCGUCGACGUGUACGUGUGAUGUUGGAUUCACACACACAGCUGACAACGAUUGUGUGCCAAAUAGUUGUGGAGAUGGCGUGAUGACUGAUCAAAAGGAAUGUGAUGGAGGUGUUGGUUGUACUUCGUGUUUGUGUGACGCCGGAUAUGUUCCGUAUGAAAACCCUCGGGCCUAUUGUUUAUCGUUAAAUUGUGGGAAUGGCAAAAUUGAUGGUAAUGAAGAGUGUGACUCGGGAGAAGGGUGUUAUGAAUGUGAGUGUCAAGAGGGUUAUUACGUUCGUGGGAAAGACACGUCAUGUAAAUUUAUGAGUAAAGUUGGAUACAUCUGGUUGUUGGUCUGUUGUUUGGUACUCUCCGAUGUGUUAGUCUUUUUCUUUAUAUUAGGAAUAUCAUAUGUAUCAGAGAGGAAACUGAACUCGAUCAUUUCAGACGAGAGAGAAGCUGUUGAUCGACUUCUCCCAUUCUUCGAGACGAAUAUUAUCCCAUUUAACUCCGAUGGUGCAGAACGAUUGGAACCAAUCAAAAGCAAUGAAUUGUUUGAAAUCAGCAACGCUAGCAUUGUCUUGGAAGACAACGACAAUUACAUCGAAGUGAACAAAACAAUUCAAACAUCUUUCACAAUAACAAACAAAGCAUUCAAGACGUUACACUUCACCUGUCACUCAAUUGACAAUUUUAAGUAUUCCGUGCGAUUCCAACCAGUCACUCAAUCAUUAAAACCAUCACAAACAAUCAGAAUCAAUUUAAUUGUGACCGCAAAAUGCACAACAAAAGUCGACGAUGAGAUAUUCAUUACUCUACGGUACGGCAAACUGCGGACUUUGUUAAUGGACUUAAACAAUCAAGACUCAACCGAUUCCAAAAAUUCAUCCGUCGCGGAUAUAUCAGGAAAGUCGCAGUCGUCCUCACGACCACGCCGCCCUACACAAACCUCAAUCCGCAUGUCGAGGUCGAGUGAAACGAAAAAGAAAAGAAACAAAUCGAAGUUAACAAAAUAUUACACUGCGCUCAAACUCAAGUUUGAGUCUUCCCUUUCAACUCGCUUAGACUUGGACGAGAUUACUUUAGUCCGCCCACAAAUAGGUGAAGGGACUUACGGGACUGUAUAUCGCGCCGAGUGGCGGAAAGUUGACGUUGCUGUUAAAGUGAUGAAAACGGACACGGUUUUGAAUUAUAACGAUUUUCUUCCCCAUUUUAUUCACGAAGCGCAAUUGAUGGAAACGAUCCGAAGUCAGUUCAUUAUUAACUUCAUUGGGAGUGCGAUCACUGAAGACAAGUUGUGUCUUGUCACCGAAUUUUGUGUCUACGGAUCGUUACGGAAUUUCAUGAAGAACAUGGAGAACGAAAUGACACUCAACUUCAAGUUUCGGGCGAUGUACGACAUAGCUCAUGGCAUGUAUUAUUUGCACCAGAACGAUAUCGUCCAUCGUGAUUUAAAGCCUGACAACGUUCUUGUCUUUUCAUUGAACAUCGACGACGCCGUGUGUUUCAAAGUCUCUGAUUUUGGGACGGCUGGUGUUAUAACGAUGUCCACUAAUAAGGAAGGGGUGAAGGAUUUGGGUACUCCAAUGUAUAUGGCUCCAGAAGUUCAUUCAUCCAAUCAAAUCACAUUCAAGUCCGACGUCUUUUCCUUUGCGGUGUGUUGUUUAGAAAUAUACUUGAGGAAAGUGCCAUACCCCAAAGAACAAUUUCCAGACACAGAAAGUAUUUUGAAGUUUGUGUGCGCAGAAAAGCGACUUGAGAUCUCGGACGAAUGUCCCGUGAAGAAGUUGAUCACAAUGUGUUGGAGUCAAAAUCCACAGAACCGACCGGACUUCCGAGAUAUCACUAUGGAACUGAAGUUGAUAACGGGAAUGGAAUUGUCAAAUACCUCGUCGGACUCCCUUUCUGUUAACUCGAAGAAAACAAAACGACAAACAAAUGACGGCCUCCAAGACUUAAUGAAAGCAGGUGAAAAGUCACCGAAAAAUAAACGAUACUCUAACAUCCCUUCACUCUCUAAUAGCAAAGUGAUCAGCGACAGAGAUAAAUUGAAACGGUCUGUGAUCCCUUCGCGAUCACCAACAAGCGGCGUCUUCACGCAAAUCAGAGCAAGUCGGGAAAAGAGUUUUUCUCCAAAGAACGACAACUCCGAACAUUAUCGCGGGUCUUUAAGAAAUUCAGUGGACAACUCUCCAAAGUCUAAAAAUUCAGACUCGUCGAAAGGCGUUGAGAAGAUGUUUGGAAACAAAUCUCCCAACAAGUUGGAUAAACCAGAAAAGUCGUCACCAAAGAUGUUCCUGAGAAAGUCGUUGUCCCCAAUAAUGGGACUCAAAAAUCACGAAACAGAGUCGAAGCGAAAAAUGUCGCAAGAAAUACAACCACUUGAGCCCAAUGUUAAAGAAGAAGGUCAACAAAAAAUUUUGAUUCACUCAGUCACAUCGGAUUCACUCAAAAAGUAA